AUGUCUAACUGUCUUCCGGCGAAAUCUCACAACGAUGAGAUCUACAUUAUGCCUGGUGGGUGGCAAGAUGGCCAUGGUACCGGCGUCGAUGUCUACAGCGACCCUCCACCAUUCGCGACGCAACCAGUUCCUUGGGUGACCCUCAACCUGGAAGAAAAGGUAGAGCAGGAUGUCCCAUCGUCAGCGGGAAGCAAUCUGAGCACGCAAGUAGUUCAUAGAUUGCUUGACGAAUACAUCAUCAACGAGCUCCCUAUCUUCCUCAUCUACCUACCGGAGAUGGCACUUGUUCAUCGCUCGGCCAUUAAGAAACAGCUGGAGCCCACCGGCUGGAUUGAUGAACUCAUCCAACAGCACCAGGAGAUGUCCGACUCGCUGCCGUCACCGAUGCUGGUGGGUCAUGUCGAAGAUGGAGUCCCGAGUUAUGUCGAAUACAUGAUCAUGAGUGAGAUCAAGGAGAAGUUGCGGUAUGCGAUCUUCUCGCACAGAUGGCUCCCGGAGGGCGAGCCUUCGUUCCAGGACUUCGCGUCAGGGAGCAUAAUGGAAGGAAAUAUACGUAGGCUAUGGAACGGGAUCGCUGCGUCUGGAGACGUUCCGCUCGCUUUGGUAUACCGCAGGCUACGCGAAUCGAUGCCACGGGCACAGGCUGGAUAUAGCAAGCUGCUGAUGUUCUGCGAAGUUGCAAGGCGGCGUGGAUGCGGCUGGGCGUGGUCAGACACCUGCUGCAUCAACAAGACGAGUAGCGCGGAGCUUGAGGAGUCCAUUCGCUCCAUGUUCAGCUGGUACAGGAAGGCGCACGUAUGUAUCGUGUACCUCAAGGACACAACGAACGAGGAACUGGAGCUGGAACAGGACGAGUGGUUCACACGGGGAUGGACGCUGCAGGAACUACUGGCACCAGAGUGUAGCAAGUUUUACAAUGGGGUUUGGGAGCCGAUGACAGGCCAGGACAAUGACAAGGAGUACGAGUUUGACCACGAGGAGGGUUGUAAGGCAGGCGCUGGUGCCUCGUUCCUACGCAGGGUCUCGUCGAUUACAGGAAUUCCGGUGUCGACGAUCACGGAUUUCAAGCCAGGACUUCAGGACGUCCGUGGUAUGAUGGUUUGGGCCUCCAAACGGCACACGACCCGUAUUGAGGACAUGGCCUACAGCCUCAUCGGCCUGCUCGAUGUUGAUCUCAGAAUCUCGUACGGGGAGGGGAAGCGUGCGUUCUACCGGCUCCAAGUUGCGAUCUUAGAGAAUUGCGCUGAAUUCGGGCUCCUUGUGUGGAGCGGGGGCGCGUCGGCUUACAACAGCGCGAUAGCUGCAGGGCCAGAAUGCUUCUGCCCUGUAGCGUGGGGACCGUUGUCGCCCGUAUACUCUGGCGUGCAGAAGAGUUCGGGUGUGGAGCUCAGCUCUGCGUUCACGAACUACGGGUUACGGCUCCCGUUGUCUGUUUACGACGGCCGCAAACAGCGGCAGGACACAGACACGAUGUGGUUAGAUGUCGAAGAAUUGGGUCUGGUAGAAACUAAGACCAAGUAUGAAAAUCCUCUCAUUGAUGUCCGGGUCGCAAUUGUGCAAAAUAAUGCGGAGCACCACCCUGGAGAUCUAGUUGUAGCGAUCCUACUGCUCCCUUAUGGUACAGGAGGAGUAUACAAUGUUUUUCCGACAACAGAGCCUGUUGUUGUGCCACGGCCGGUGGAGCUCAAACCUCUUGAAACGGUAUACAUACGUUAG